AUGUACUAAGAAGACAAAUUAUGGUGGCAGAAAUUGUCGCCCGUCAGAGUGGAUCGCCUAUCAAUGGUGAGACCGCGUGUUUGAACAGCAACAUGCCGGCCACCCACACAAUGGCGCACGCCGGUCACGGUGCUCACGGUGGCCACGAUGCCCACGGACCGUUGCCACCACUGACGCAUCCGGCGCACCACGUUGAGCAAGGAGAACCACAUCCUGAAGGCGCAGCUCGAGGCAAUUAGGGAUAAGUUUGGUAUAUGCGGCGAGUCCGUAAUCAGCACGGAACACGUGCUCGCCGCUUUGCCCGCUGACCCGCCUAUCGUGAAAAGGGCGAAACUGCCAGCCUCGGCGGCUCUCCUCUACGCAAGAACACCGAGUCCUGUGCACACUUCGGUGAUCCACCAGCCAGUCAGUGGUGCACGAUCGCCCAGGUCGCCGGCGCAGCUGUACGUGCCCGAGACGACCUCGUAUCCCGAGACGGAAAGCUUCCAGUAUCCUUACCCUCAUCCGGCGAUGCACCUCGACACGACGAGCGCCCUGAACCUGUCUCGCGGUCGACGCGCUCAGUCACCCUUCGAACUGUCAUCCGGCAGCGGAGACGAGGGGCCGCAGUUGGUGGUCAGCUCGCAGAAUCCAGCGGCUAACAACAGUCUUCCUCACAAGCUGAGGCACAAGUCGCGCAUCGGCGACAAGGACGCGGCCAGCGCGCUACUCGCGCUUCAGGGUAUCAAGCAAGAGCCUGGGCCAAGGGCGUCACCACCUUGGGAUAACGAAGGCUCCAGCGACGAGCGUGACUCGGGCAUUUCCCUUGGUGCGGAAUGGACAGGGCCGAGCGUGUCCACGGUUCCCGAAAGCGAGAGAGAAGUGAAAUCCAGGUUGGAUCGUCUCGCCUCGGAAGUUGCCUCGCUGCAGUCGAUACUACGCAUCGGCAAGCCGACCGAGAGCAAUCUGGUUACCGGGCACUCGUUGUCAACGAACGCCGGUAUCAACGGCCCG